AUGAAGUACGACCAGAUGCACAAAGCGCAGUACUGGAGCACGGAGACGAGCCGGUUGAUCCGCAGCAUAGUGAUCGGCGCCGCCCGGAGUCUGAAAUGGCGCGGAAUGGGUCUUAGCCGCAGAGCCAGCGUGACGUAUCUAGCAUUUGUGCUUGCCGGAGUCCUCGGCCAUGCUGAGAUGGUCCAGCUCCUCCACCAAACCCAUAUAUCCCUAGAAACACCAACUUCAGAAUCCGGCGGCACGGCUCUGUUGCUCGCCGCGUGGAAUGCUCGCGAGCAUGGAAUCCGAACUUUCCUGGACCUUGGGGCCGAUAUCGAAGCAAAGGAUCUCCGGGGCAUGACGGCGUUGAUGGUGGCUUCUGCGGGUCCGCAUAGAGGGCUCGGGGAGCUGCUCCUUGCGCGCGGCGCGCUGUCGAGUCUUGCGAUUGGACCGGAGCAACCGCCCUCAGAUAUGCCGUCGACAUGGCCAGGCCAGCAAGAGCAGCGGCGCUUAUGA